AUGAGUCUAAGCAACUGGGAUUACGAGCAACUUGCUCGUAAUCCCACUGCAACGAUCCCAGCUCAGCAAGACAACCAUUAUAUAUACGGUACCAAUGGCCCGGUCCUAGGCUAG